AUGGUUUGCAUACUAGCUGCUUCUGACAAAGAUGUGGAGGACAACCAGGCAACAUCUUCAUCGGAAGUGGCAGGGGCUGAGCUCAACAGAGCAGCUACUCUGAAUACCAUCUCAGAUGAUGAUGUUCAGGACAACCGAGCAACUACUCCCUUAACCAUCUCAGAUGACGAUCUGGAGGACAACCGAGCAACUACUCCCUUAACCAUCUCAGAUGACGAUCUGGAGGACAACCGAGCAGCUACUCCCUUAACCAUCUCAGAUGACGAUCUGGAGGACAACCGAGCAGCUACUCCCUUAACCAUCUCAGAGGACGAUCUGGAGGACAACCAAACAGCAGCAACCCCCCUAACCAUCUCAGAGGACGAUCUUGAGGACUGA